AGCGGCUAUGGCCGCAGCCGCCCCUCGCCCAGGAAACGGAGAUCCCGCAAGGGAAGCCCUCGCAGACCGCUCUGAGCCCCGGCACGUCUCCUGUUUAAUCACCAACACGGGCAGGAGCCCCGCCCGCCCUUACGCCAAGAUGGCGGCGGCUCCGCCUUUUGGCUCCGGCAACUGGAAAUAAGUUGGGCGGAUCGUCGGCCGGGCUCGUCCCUCCUCGCGGUUUGGCAGCGGGCGGGGCGGCAGAAAGGCUGGCAACGGCGGCGGGGACGGAGGAGCCCCCGGAGGUGCGAAAGCGGCGAGCCGCGGACCUGGGAUCGGGGCCGGGGGAAGGCGCCCUCCAGCCUCUCGGAAACUCGUGAAAGAUGGUGGAUCGCUUGGCAAAUAGUGAAGCAAAUACUAGGCGGAUCAGCAUAGUGGAGAACUGUUUCGGAGCCGCUGGGCAGCCUCUGACUAUUCCUGGCCGUGUUCUGAUAGGCGAAGGAGUCCUAACAAAGCUGUGCAGGAAGAAGCCAAAAGCGAGGCAGUUCUUCUUAUUCAACGACAUUCUUGUGUACGGCAACAUCGUCAUUCAGAAGAAGAAAUAUAACAAGCAGCAUAUCAUUCCCUUGGAAAACGUGACUAUCGAAUCCAUCCAGGAUGAGGGGGAUUUACGGAACGGGUGGCUUAUCAAGACCCCGACUAAAUCUUUUGCAGUGUACGCUGCCACGGCCACGGAAAAAUCUGAGUGGAUGAACCACAUAAACAAAUGUGUUUCUGAUCUGAUUUCCAAAAGUGGGAAGACCCCCAGUAACGAACACGCAGCUGUCUGGGUCCCUGACUCUGAAGCCACUGUAUGUAUGCGCUGCCAGAAAGCAAAGUUCACCCCUGUCAAUCGUCGACACCACUGCCGGAAAUGUGGGUUUGUUGUGUGCGGGCCUUGUUCUGAAAAAAGAUUCCUCCUUCCGAGCCAGUCUUCCAAGCCCGUGCGGAUCUGCGACUUCUGUUAUGACCUCCUUUCCACUGGAGAGAUGCCUGCGUGCCAGCCAAUGAGAUCAGACUCUUACAGUCGGUCGCCGAAGCCUCCUUUAAAUGAUAUGUCUGAUGAUGAUGAGGAUGAUGACAGCAGUGACUAAUGUCUUGAGGUUGGCACUGGCGUUUGAAUCUCCGUUGCUGUAUGAGGAAGCCGGGCUCUUCUGAGAGGCCUGCCCUAGCCAUAAAAUUGCCUGAAAAAUCAUCAGCUUGAAUGUGCCUCAAUCUCUGAAUUUCCUAGAUAUAGAAUUGUUAUUGUCUCUUUUCUGCAGGAACGGACUGCUGCAAAUAUCUCACUUUCCAGUUUUGUAUACUUGAUUUCCUGUGUAGGGGUGAAUUGGUCUUUUUUUGCCCUUUCCCCUUCUGUUCAGGUUAGAAAACCAAGUACCACUUUUUCUUACCAACAGCCAUCCCGUAUAGUGUGUAACGGGGGAAAUGUAUUCCUUUUUAAUAUUCGUGAGGGAUUAAAAGUACAUAGAAUUUUGUACGUGCGUCAAACUGAGAGUACAUCUAACUGGCUUUGAACGUGAUGUUAUACUACCAUCCUCUAAAUGUAAACACAUACUUCAGUGUCAUUAACUUUUAUGCAAAGAUUUAUAUGCCAAGCAGUGCCUUGUAACGACUGCGCAGUUGCAGGAAAAACUAACAUAUUGUACCCUUUGUGCACUUGCAUGCGACAAGUUGAGAAAUGGGUGGUGCUGUUAACAAUAAUCGUUGUCCUGUAACUAGGAUUUAAGGAGCAAGAUAUCUUGGGUACUUCACUACAACGUGCGUUAAGUUCACCUUCUCACAAAGGUGCUUACUCUAAUAUGUCACACGAGGAUUGUUCUUGUGCUGCCGUGGAGUCCAGCUCAGCUCCAUACCAGCAUGAAGCUCCCUCAGCUUGCAUAGAAUGGGGACUGCCUAGUAUAUCCACUUGAAGAAGUUCUAAUUUAAUAUCGUGCUACCCUCAAGCUAGGGGUGAGGAUUUGUUGUAGCUAUGAAAUCUUGGUAAUUGACAAUUGUAUUCGCUUAGAUCAUGGUAUUUCCUGUACUGUGUUUGGUUUGCUAUUUAUAAAAUUACUUCCUCAGAUGCUGUACUAACCUUUUAAAAACAUUAGUAGUGUUUUUAAUCAUUAGACUUUGUUUUAAAAGUACAAUAUGGGAAGAUGUCCCAACCAGCCAUCUGGAGAAAAAAACUUGCAACAUGCCCACCCUGUACACACAGCUGACCUCGAGAUAGAAGCAGACUGCUAAUGGCUUAAUUUUAAAGACAUAAGUCCAGCAUCAGGAGGAAUAAUGCAAAAAAAAAGUAUUUCCAAUAAAAGUAUUUACCUUUUAACUAUACAUUAUUUUCUACGAUGAUGUCAUUUUUAGGAAACAUGAAAUUUAGCUCUGAAGUUUUGUAAAAUUCCAAGACAUAGCUAUAUUUUUAUAUAAUAGUAGGGCAUUGAAACAACUUACGCAGAAAACCCCUGACAGAAUUGUGUGCGCACCUGACAUUUUUUUUAGAAAUGUUGGAUAUUAUUUGUAAAACAAAAUUAUACUAUCUAGAUCUGUUUCUAAAGUGGCAGUUUCUGCAUUGUUUGCUUCAUCUGGCAAUAACUGGGUGAUACUUACUGAAUAAACAAUCAAUUCUGCAUCUUG